CUCUAAGAAUAACUGUUUAAUCGUUGUUUCUUAAGCUGGACAACAGAACAAGGUCUGUUUCUCGUUUACCAGUGCCCCACAAGGUGUUCGUGGUUCAAUGGUUCAAGAUCUCAGACCGAAAUGUAGCGUGGGCUGACCCAGGCUAUCUGCACCGCACAGAUCUGUUCACGUUCUGGCAUUGCAGAAGUGCAAACCUUCCUGCCCUCACCCUCAAACGCCCGCCCACGCGCCUGCAGAAUCAAUCAGGAAAAAGUACUUUGGCGGACGAUGUGGAACUUUGCAUCCAACUGUACAGCUGGGAAUACAAGGUCGAGGGAAGAUCUUCGGAAGCCCAAUGAGGAUGCAGAUUGCUCUGAAGAUGAUGAAGGUUCAUCGAUCACAAGUAGAGAUGAGGGACUGGAGUGCCCAAUAUGCUGUGAAUCCUUCAACAUCGUUGAAAAUAUCCCCUAUGUUUUAUGGUGUGGCCAUACACUCUGUAAAAACUGCAUCCUCGGAUUACAAUGGGCUGUUGUGAAGUGUCCUUCUUUACCCAUCCAACUCCCACUCUUCAUAGCAUGUCCGUGGUGCAAUCUGUUAUCCUUGCGUUUAGUUUAUAGGGGAAACCUGAAGUUCCCUCGAAAGAACUUUUUUCUUCUGUGGAUGCUUGAGAGCAUGAACGGUGAUAGGAGAGUGUCCCGUUCUACCUCCUGUGAUGAUAAUCAGCCAGCCUGGCCAUCUAGUAGGAGGAUAUCAUCAGGGAAUUCUGCUAUGGAGCCUAUUUCCCGGAAUGCCCCACACACUCACAUCUCAGAAUCGACAGGAUCAAGCCAUGAUCAAAGUCAUUGUUAGGCACCUGGCAGUAAUCUGAGCAAUACAGUAAACUAUCUACCACAGAUCUGAUAAAUGGUAGGGAAAUAGUGUUUAUUGAUGAAGAAGAUAAACCGUAGGCUACAGGGACUUCUUAGGCAACCGGGACUUAGGCAACAAGGCAACGGAUAAUCAAAAUAACAGUCUACCUAUUAUUAGCUACCCAACUUACUAUUUAUAGUAGUAGGUCCACGCAGGGACUAACAUAUAAUGACCCCAGCCCACUUAAUUGACCUCGGCCCAUUUUAUUUCUUCUUUCAAAUACCCUAUUAAAAUACUCAAUAAGCAGAUUCCUAACAUUACUCCCCCCCUAAUUAACCACCUUGCCCUCAAGGUGGGUAAUAAGACACAGCCUUGAUCUUGAACUUCCUCUUUAUCCUGGAACCUCUUCCUUCCCAGUACCUCCUUGGUUUCUGAUCUAGGAGCUUCAUUUCUUUUACUUUCAUCAUCUCUUCUUCUUUCAUAUGGAUUAGUUGCUGAUGAACUAGCAGUGCAGCUUGGAUCAGGUCAAGUGGUGUUGGUGGCAGGUGUCUGCAGGUUGGAACAUCACUUUGGAGUAUUAUUUCUUUAUGCUGCUCUAAAAAUUCGAGAGCUUCCAUGCUGCCAAAGGGAUCUGCCCCGAAAGUAGCCUGUGGUAUCUCAAAAACCCUAUGCAUAGUGUGGUUGAUGAGUGACAAAAUUAAGUCCUUGAUAUGUGGCCAGUUGACCCCAGAGUCUGUAUCAGUUAAGAACUGUGAAAGUGCUUGACACACAUUUGCCAUCACAGGAGGGGGCACAUCCAUGCUGAUUACCUUAACUGAUGCAUACACAAACUGCUUAUCAACCCUUGUGGCAAUGUCUUCUACACAAAUUUUCUUCCAAAUAUGUCCUACAGUAGCCCCAAAAAUUUUGCUAAAGCCAUCUAUACACACAGUCCCUGUAGAGCUUUCUAAAGUAUUUGGACCAACAAGUUUAUGAAUGGCAGAUUCAUAAUCCAUAGCAAUCGAGGAGUGAGUUACCACAGAAACUUUCUCUUCUUCAUCAGUGUGCAAUUCCAAUCGAGGCAUACUGGCAGUCAAGUCCUUAGAACUUUCACCAUUAGGAACUCCAAGAACAACUUGCCCUGCUUUCAACAACACAAUUUCAGGUGAGAAUGCACUGAUUCCUGUCCCCACUAGAAAAAGUUGUGACUGAUCCAUUAUAGGAUUGAGCCUGGUUGUAGAUACAAACACAUCAGGCCCAUAAUUCAUCACAGCACUGUCGGAUUUCCAUUCAAGUGCUCGAAUCCUCCUUCCUAUUUUAUCUGUGCUAUUUACCUGAUCCUCCAGUUGCAAUGGCAAUUGCUCUUUCACUUUUACCGGACUAGUUCCAUUUUUAUCCUUCGUAGGCUGUGAUGAUUUGACAGAUAUCCUGCAGUUUGAGUCAUCAUCAUCCAGACCUGGUUCCGUUGGCCUCAACUUCAUUUUGGGCGAUGAAGCUUGAGCAGAGUGAGAAGAGGUGUGCGGUGAUACCUGCAAGCACUGGAGAUCGGAUUGCGACAAAAUCUGAGAACUCUGAGAAACAACUUGCGUCAGAGUUUGCGAUGCCGAGGAAGGCAAAGGGUGAGAAUCGACUGGCGAAGUGGAAGACGAUGCUAGCGAUUGAUAUGAUAUCUGCGAGCGAGUAGAAGGAAUGGACGACUGCGGACUGGGAGAAACAGGUGGCGAUGAUGGAAUCGAAGUAGUGGCCCGCGUCGGACUAUGCGAUGAUCGAGAGUGACGAUGAAGUUGUGAUCGUGAUUUCCCCCUGGACGGAUUCUGUUCCUUUAUCGCUGCUAUCGCAGUGGCGAUGCUGAUAUGGAUCUGGUCCUUCAUCGCUGUCGCGAGGGUGGCCAUAGCCGUCUUCAUCUCCAGUUUGAGCUUAUCCAAGCGAGCCUCCAUUUCUGGUGUCCAGGCUUCUUCCAUAGCUCCAGGGUAGUCGAUGGAUGAUAAGUGACACUUCAAUCGGAUCCCCAGGAGCAGUGAUGCUCUGAUACCAAUGUUAGGCACCUGGCAGUAAUCUGAGCAAUACAGUAAACUAUCUACCACAGAUCUGAUAAAUGGUAGGGAAAUAGUGUUUAUUGAUGAAGAAGAUAAACCGUAGGCUACAGGGACUUCUUAGGCAACCGGGACUUAGGCAACAAGGCAACGGAUAAUCAAAAUAACAGUCUACCUAUUAUUAGCUACCCAACUUACUAUUUAUAGUAGUAGGUCCACGCAGGGACUAACAUAUAAUGACCCCAGCCCACUUAAUUGACCUCGGCCCAUUUUAUUUCUUCUUUCAAAUACCCUAUUAAAAUACUCAAUAAGCAGAUUCCUAACAGUCAUUUUGAUGGUUUCCUUGCUCUUGAGAGACUACAAUCAUCGAUUAGGAAAUCACUUAUCUUCUUUGUUCAUCUGACAGCCAAGUUCCCCCUGGUGAUUAUAUUCCUUCUGAUCCUCUUGUAUGCUAUACCCGCCAGUGCAGCAAUAUUGGCUUUGUAUAUGCUUAUCACCGUUUUGUUUGCUCUUCCAUCCGUUCUAAUCUUGUACUUUGCAUAUCCGAGCUUGGAUUGGCUGGUCAGAGAAAUCAUUACCUGAUGAGAUGCUUGAUGCCUUCUACUUUGUCAAAGAACAGCAUUUCAGUAGUGUAUGCAGGACUGUUUGUGGCCAUUUGUGCCCGGUAAAGCUUAUUGGCUGUGUGCUUAUGUUCAAACUUAUACUUUAUCGUGUCUUUAUUACUCUGUAGUGCUUGUGAGAGUAUGGUGCUGGUGAAGUUCAUGCCAGUGACUGAUGUACAUGAUUAAUUCAUGUUUAAUCAGGUAGAUGUGGUCCUUAUUCUUCUUGAUUUACCCCUUAUUUGUCCAACCCUUCUUUCUAUAUACUCCCUCCCCACUUGAACAAAACAAGGGUGUAGGUUCUGCAACAAUUUUGGUUGUUUUUUUGGUCUUACAUGGGUAAC